UUUGAGCUGGGUGAGCAUGAGCCUGCGAGCUUCGACCAUCUCCGCGCGCGUCUGACAAACACUUGUUGCGCCAAGAGCGCUCUCAGUGCCCAGAAACCACAAUACAGUGUAGUGCUUUCUUUUUGUAGCGUGCGUGCAGGCUGCAAGCUUGUGGCGCUUUUAACCGGCUCGACAAAGUCAAAGACUAGAGAUAUCUCAAGUUUCGCAGGAAACCGUGGAGGCUCCUGACUUUAUGGCUGUAUUGCCUGCUCGUUUACCUCAGCGCGAUGACUCGCGGAGCCGAGAGGCGUAACGGGCGACCAGCCCUGUAGCCGCGUUAUGAGGGUGCGCUGCAUGUCUCCCAGCCGCGGUGCGCUCCUCUUCUUGGCGCUAGCGGUCGCGGUGCGCACGUGGAAGCACGCGGGGGCCGAGAUAGACACCUCGUGCGCAUGCGAUGUGCACCCGGCUUUCAAAGAGAGGAUCCAGAGGGACCUGUCAUGGUUGGACGAGGCGGGCGGCAUCACGGACGCCAUGAUACGGAACAUCUCGCUGGUGUGUGACAAGGCCGUUUCUCACAGGUGUAACGGAAAGGUGGUUCGGCUGAUGAUCAAGGACGGGCAGGUGUACCUCAACAGCCUGCAGCCCGACUGGCGGUUUGGGCCGUACGAGGUGCCGGGCUUCCUGCUGGAGCUGUACGAGCUCAGCAGGCUGUACAGUCUACCAGACGUGGAGUUUGCCUACAACGGAGAAGACGAUGCCAUCGCGCUGUUUGACUUCAAGGACCGGGAAAAGCUACAGACCAGGUUUCACGGCGGCCCCUUCCCACUGCUGGCGUGGGCCAAGAGCCCCGUCAGCAGCGCCAUACUGGUGCCGGACAGCGGCGCGUUCAGGUGCCUGCACGACAGCUUCGACCAGCUGCUCAUGCAGCUGGAGGAAAUACGGCGACUGCCCUGGGCCAACCGGACCAAGGUACGUAGGGGAGGGCGCGCGCGUGCGCACCUGCUGGGUGGGCGCGCUCGUGUGCCGCCGCACCACAGCAUGGCUGUGCCUGAGAUCGCGUUCGGCCGAUGGAACAAGUUCUGCGCGCCCUACCAGCUGCUGGGCGGCGGCCGCCUGCCCAGCGGCGAGGCCUUCAAGUGCCCGCGCGCCUGGCUGCCGCGGGUGGCGGCGCACUUCCCAGAGCUCAUGGACCUGGGGUCGCUGGCUGACCCGCGGCUGGAGAGCGGCGCCACGCGGAAGCGCUCGGUGCCGCUGAUGCACCAGAACCAGUUCGCCUACCUGGUGUCCACCGACGGCUUCGCCACCAGCCGCAAGCUGGAGGUGUACCUGCUGCUAGGCUCUCUGGUCCUCAAGGCCGGCUCCAGCCGCCGCGGCUACUUCUACGACGCCCUGGUCCCCGACACCCACUACCUGCCCUGCAUGAACGACUCGGGCAGCGACGUCGCGGACCGGGUUCGCUGGGCACGUGCGCACGACUCGCAGGCGGCGGCCAUCGCGGCUGCUGGCCAGGCCUUGGCGGUGCGGCACCUCAACCGCCGCGCGCGGCUGUGCUACCUGCGGCUGCUGCUGCAGCAGCUGGCUGCGCGCAUGAGGUACAGCCCCAGCUGCGGGCAGCGCAGGCUGUGUGUGCCGCUGGGGCGCCUGGUGGAGGUUAUGGCGGAGCAUCCGCGAUCGCGGGAGUCGUGCAGGUGGUCCGAGGUGCUGCUGUCGCACCCCACACCGCCCGACCAGCGCACCGCCUGGCCCGACUCCCGGCUGCUGGCGCUGCUGUCAGACCCGCUGCUGUGGCCGCGGGACAACCCAGACAGCCUGCCGCCGCCCGACUCCGACCCCUUCGCCAACAACAUGUACGCGGUGUAGCAGUCCAGCGUCUGUGUGAGAAACCAGGAAACCGACAAAUAGGCUGUGUGGCAUGUCAAUGAGGGGCAGGCUGCUGCUGACGGUGUAAGUGGCGGCAGUUUACGCACGGUGGUGGGACUCAGCUGCUGAGGAGCAGGCUUUUGAUGGCCUCGCCAGCAGGGUGUGUGACGGAUCCGGCGCAUUGGGUGUCCACCACGGGUGUCGUUCGUGGGUGUCGUUCUACAUUACGGUACCCCUGAGCACGGCCGCGCGUUUGCACCUUGAAUAGCAUGACCAGAUUCCAGGCAACCCGUCUGUUUUGGGGUGAGAGCCUUCUGUGUAUGUGUGCGGAACUGCGUGCCGCAUCCGGGAGUGAGGUCGGGGGUGUCGAGGGGAUGGGGCCACGACUCGCAUAACUCUGCAACAGGUGACUCACUUCA